AUACUGAAUACUAUGUAUCAGAUGAAGUGUAUUAGACUGAAAUUGUGCAGUUAGUUAUUCUGUCACGACUCAGCCCAAGAAACACUGUAACGUGCCUUUUAAUGGCGUCUCCGUUGAAAAACCUGUGAAGUUUAAAUCUACGCAUUCCCCUUCAACUUUUCACAUCUAUAAAUUUUUUUGCUUUUUCUCGUCAUUUUCGUGAUUGCCCACAGGCAUUCUCGUCAUUAGGGUUUAAAAUUUUUCUUGUCCCGAUUAUAAAUUUGAAUGCUUUGAUACGGCCUUGAUCUUGUCUUGAUUAGGAUUGCAUUUUGAGGGAUUUCAUCUUCCAGGAGGAGAUUCAGUUUACACAGAUAACCUCAAUUCCAAGGAAAACAGAAUGAAGGCAGGAUCUGGUAAAGGGAGAAAAGUGUGCCUGAUAGUGACAGGUGUUGUUAUUGCACUUGUACUGGUAAUUGUGAUACUAGCUUUGACUGUUUUCAAAGCCAAGCAUCCUACUACCGUUGUGGACUCAACGAAGCUAGAGGAUUUUCACAUGAGUUUGGAUAUAGCAAGGCUAAGGGUAGAUUUGAAUGUGACUCUGAGCACGGAUGUCUCGGUGAAGAACCCAAACAAGGUUGGAUUCAAGUACUCAGAUAGCACCGCUCACCUCAAUUACAGAGGACAGCUGAUAGGUGAAGUCCCUAUCCCUGCUGGAGAAAUUUCGUCUGGUGAGACCAAAGGAUUCAACCUCACCCUCACCAUUAUGGCCGACCGUUUGCUCUCCAAUUCCCAACUUUUCUCUGAUGUCACAUCUGUGCAUUUUCCAACUGAAAGAGAGGUUAAGAUGAUGGGAGAUAGAAAUAUUUCUGAUCCCAAACCAGUAGAUGGGGCAUUAUCUUUGGCUGUAGUAAGGUUGGCAUCCGGUGAACCUCCAUCACAAAGCAUUGCCCAUUUCUGUGACAAGACAACCACAAUCUUAUAUUGGGUUCAUUGGCUGCACAACAGAUUGAAUGUGAACUCAUCAGAGAAAGAAAAAUGGUUGCAAGGGAUGGGUGUAAUUCUCUGCACUGAUAAUGUAAAUGAUUUGUACAUAGGGAGAAUCACACUUCAAGAUAUUGGCUUUCCUUAUUGUGUAGAUAUGGACUGACUUUUGCUGCUAAUAUAUAUUUACUUAAGUUAGAACCAGUGAUGAGUCCUAUAUACCUUCAUAAAUUUAAAAGGUUUUGGCAUGUUUAUUGUUGUCCUUCGUUUAUUUUGAUUCAAUUUGUCUACCUCCUUAUCUGAUUCAUGUUGCAAGCAGUUCUUGUGGUGGUGAAUUGGUUUCAGCAUGUGUUUGGAGGAGAUAGAGUCUCUCAUAAGUUUUGCAGCUGGAUUGGUGGGGAAUGUUGUGGACUGGAUUGGUGGAACGAACUGUGUUGAUGGUUAGUGUAAGUGUAGUAGGUGAGGUGACCGUGUAGUUGAUGUUGGAUCUGUGGGGGGAAACUGUGGUAGGUGAGUUGUCUUUAGCUUGAAGUUCUCCUGCCGUGGACUUAGUAGUGAUAAAAUUUCAACUAGAUAUCUAACAUGAUUUAUCCGGGUUGGGCACUUUGCUGAGCACGUAAUUUUACAUUUGUGUCCUAUGUUCUGAUGUUUUUUUUCAAUAUUUAUUCAAUAGGUCCCUUCCAAAGCAAUA